UUUAGGAUAGCUAUUCAUCCGUGAUGGCUGGAGUGAAAUGCAUCAAAGAAUUGAUAAUCGCUCUACUUCACUACAUCGUAUCAGAUUGGUUGGAGAUCCUGUUUAACAUUAUUUUCAUAAUAACUGUUGGAAUCUUUGCUGUCAUUUUCAAAGGAGAUUCGUGGAAUUUUCAGGCAUUCAGAGCUUUCGACUACAAAGACAAUGCGUUGGGAUACAUCCACAAACCAAGUGUUGUGACAGGAAACAUGAACAUUUUUGUUUCUUUCGUGUUUGCGAUAGUAGCAUCUUUGAUUGGAAACGCAUUUACAAAGAUUGGCAGCAAAGAAACCAACAAAAAGGCUGACCAACAGCUAACAGUAGAAAUCAAUAUGUCAUCUAAACUGUCGAGCAUGAAGGAAAUAGAAUGUCUCAAGGCAGAAAGUAAAGUCAGAUUGUAUAGAAUUGUAUGGGGACUGAUAUACUUAAUCAUAGCUGUUAUUGAGACCAAUCUCAUAACUAACUUUACAAAGACGUCCAUGGGAGUACUCAAACCUCAUUUCUUGACGGAGUGCAAACCUGACCAGGCUAUAAUAGAGGCUUUAGAGGCUAACGGGACUUCAUGGGUAGACGAAAAACUGACUUUGACAAUUUGCACUAACGAAGACACUGAUAACAGAAGAUCUUUUCCUUCUGGUCAUGCAUCCCAGGCUGGAGUUGCUGUGAUGUAUAGUUAUCUCGAAGUGAACGAUCUCCCCAAAAUGUUGGUUGCUUCAAGAUUUCUUCAGAUAGUAGGUGUUCUAUACGCUGUCCUCAUAUGCGCCUUGAGAAUAAGUAACAAUCAACACCAUUGGCCGGAUGUCCUUGUGGGUUUAACACUGGGAGCUCUGAUAGCAUUAUCAGCUUUCGUUAUGAAAGAGAAACAGGUAAAGAGACAAUUCCGGAUGAGCGCGUGCAUAAAAGUAGCUGUUCCCUCUGAAGGUGAUGCUGAAGCUACUAAUAUGAUCCCUCUACUAUGAAAUGAAGGUGAUUGUCCUUAACUGACCAGACUAUAAGGAGAUGGAUGGGUCACAGUGUGGAUGACCUACAAUUUAGUGUCUGUACAUCGUGUUUUAGAGUGCCCACCCUACGUCUCAAUACACACAAAGCCUGGCAGUGGAGACCGGAGACCGGAAAGAUAACGCAACCUCAACCUAUGUUUGGACAGAUUAUAGAGGAGUGGAACAUUAACAUUAUUUUAAUUCUUUGGAACCCAUUGGUCGCUCAUUUCGAACGGAGACAGCAUAUUCAUAUUAUAUAUAAGACGAGGUUGUAGUUUUACUAUAGUUUCUGAUGUUUCAUACGAUAUUUUGUAUUUGAUAAUUGAUUCUGUUGAAGUACAUCCUGUAUUAUAUUACCUUAAGCUCUUAAGGCUAAUAAAUUUGGUUCACAAUAAAUUUGGUUACAAAAAUGUUGGUUACAAAAAUGUUGGUUACAAAAAUGUUGGUUACAAAAAUGUUGGUUACCAUAAUUUUAGUCGCAAAUUUCUCACAUUUUUAGUCUACAAUAAUUUUAAUCACAUUUUUCGACUUUUCGAGACCAUUUUCCAUUCCAUUUAUUUGAUUUUUCCAUUGUUUAGCUUUUUUCCCCGCGAUUUCGCACGUAAAGUCAUGCUUUAAAGUUUACCGUCAGGCACGUUAAUUUAAUGAUUUGUUACUGCCUGAUGGGAAAAAGGAAGUAAGAGAAUGUGAAAGCAUAAAAUGUGAAAGCAUAAAAGCAGUGGAUUACACGUGUAAUAGUCAAAGUAGUCCAGCAGUAGGAAAGGUGGCAUUAAUGGUGAUAAUAUGGUGAACAUAUUAAUUAUAAACAAUGUAAGCUCAAUAAUAUUCAUGUCAUAUAAAGAUCUACAUUCUACAACCGUCUGCCUACUACCAUCACAUCAGCUGAAUCCCUGGAAUCCUUUAAAGCAUUUCUAAAAACUUUCUUAUUCAAAUUGUCUCAGCAUGAACUUGAAAAACUUUAUCAAUGACUGAUUUUGGCCUACAUUUAGUAUAGUGUAAGUUCUUUAAUUUUAAGCUUCACUCUCUGAUUUUAGUACGAACGAUAUAUUUUCAAAUAUAUUAUAGAGUUAUAGCAGUCCUAACUUUUAUCAUGAUAGUUUCUGGGAUGACUAGAUUAAACGCUGCUGAGUAUAAGUUUAUCUUAAUAGACUUGGUGUUCUUAAACUUCAGUUUAUUAUUAUUAUAUAUAAUGCUCUACUGAAAGUUUGGUCUGCUUUUAAAUUAGUCGCCGAAAAAUUUGACCUCAAUAAAUUUGGUUUACAACAAUUUUAGUCUAAAUUUUGACUAAAUUUUUCUUUCUUAAAGAGUUAAAGUAAUAAGAUCAUUCGUAAUACAAUUUUAAUUUUAAUUUUAAUUGUAUAUAAUUUUGUGUCAGAUUCAAAUUUUUAUGAUAAUGAUCUUUUUAAUGCACGAAUAUGAUGUAGUUACACUGAAACUUUGAAUAGUUUACGGAAUUAUCAGGAAUUGUUAUCAGAAACAUCGCAAUUUUAAUGAUAAAUUAUAAAGAUUUCUUUGUAUUUCUGUGUAUGUAUAAUUCGUGCUGUAAUCAGAUAAGUUAUAUAGUUACUGUUCUUAUAAUCUGAUAAUAAUGUGUUGUUAAACCAAUGUUACGAUCAAUCUUUCAAAAGUCGAUUAUUUACU